GCGCACUCUAUUGACUCUAUAUAGUUGUAAACACUGAUCCAGACGGUCAACACGUGCUUUUCCGAGCCGCGAAGCUAGACAUUCAAAAAAGAAAAAACGUCGUUAAAUUACAGUUUAUAAACUGAAUAAUGGGUCGAUUGAAAAAGGGUCGUUGUGUCAAACGGAACAAACAGAUCGAAGAAGCAGAAAAAAAUGAGUUGGUCACUGCUCCUCAUUCCUUUGUUAUUCAUCGUGGACUUCCUGGUGAACACAUCGUCGAAUUAACCAAAGACUUUCGUAGAGUUAUGGAGCCGUUCACUGCUUCGUCCCUCAAAGCUAGGAGACGCAAUACCAUCAAAGAUUUUGUAUCUGUAGCAGGAGUUCUUCAUGUUAGUCACAUGUCCAUUUUCACAAGAACUGAACUUGGAAUGUAUCUCAAAAUUUGCAGGUUACCAAGGGGACCAACAUUAUCAUUCAAAAUAUUGAAUUUUUCACUCGCAAGAGAUGUCGUUUCUGCAUUGAAAAAGCAAAUGGUUUUCGAAGAAGCGUUCAAGAGUUCUCCGCUUAUAGUUUUAAAUAAUUUUAGCGGAGAAGGCAUGCAGAUGAAAUUGAUGGCAUCAAUGUUUCAGAACAUGUUUCCUACCAUCAAUCUCACCACGGUAAAUCUGAGUACGAUACGACGUUGCGUAUGUUUGAAUUACAAUGUUGCUACAAAAUCCAUCGACUUUCGACACUAUGCGAUCAAAGUAGUACCGGUGGGUUUGUCGAGGGGAGUAAAAAAAAUAGUUCAAGCAAAAAUACCGAAUCUCUCGCGAUGUCAAGACUAUUCUGAAUUCCUCACGAAAGCGACAAUGUCUGAGAGCGAAGCGGAAGACGAUCCUGGAAGUCAUGUAGUUUUGCCCCAGAAAUUAUCAUCUCGCGGUAAUCAAGAAAAAGGAACGAGCGCGAUAAGACUGUACGAACUUGGACCACGAAUUACGAUGCAGCUGAUGAAAGUGGAGGACGGCCUUUUAGACGGUGAAGUGUUGUUCCACGAGUUGGUGCACAAAACGGAGGAAGAAAAGUUGAAAAUAAAGAAGAAACGCGAUGAAAAGAAAAAACUGAAAGACAAGCGAAAGAGCCUGCAGGAAGAAAACAAGAAAAAGAAAGAAGAUAAAAAACACGAAGAAAAGGAAAAAUCGCUCAAGGGUAUGAAGAAGAAGAAAGAAAGUGAAAUGUUGAUGCAAAAAUUCGCGAAAGAAUCAUACGAGGAUACGAAACAGGAAGACGACGAUGAUGCCCAAUACUACAGAGAAGAAGUUGGCGAGGAGCCUGACAGAGACUUGUUUAGUGGUACCGGUUCAUCAAUGAAGAGGCCUCGAAAUUUUGGACCUCGUUACAAGCCCAAAAAUAAGAAACCUCGCAUUGGUGACAAAGCAUAAAGAUAUUUCCAUUUUUGCAAAAGUUUAAUUCAAUGCGACACUUGUAAAUAGCACGAUUCUCGUAAUUUAUCAUUUAAACGAUGAUAAUGGACGGAUUUGUUGUAAUAAAAAAAAACAUCUACGAGUAAAAUUUUUCUAAAUUCCAAUUCAAUUCUAAAAACCUUAAAUUUUUUUAAAUGUAUGGACAAUUCAAUAGAUAACAACAAUCGAUAUUGGCGACAGUAUCUUUACCGCAUUCAUUGUAAUUCUUCUGUCCAACUUUUCAGAACUACCUGCAACGCCUGCAACUGAGCUUUUGUGAAAAUCACUGGUAAAAUUUGUAAGACUUACUUUUCAGUGACUAUUCAGUUACUAUAAAUUUCGCAAUUCCUUCGUGCCUAUGAAAAUAAAUCAUCUGCACAGUUGA